AUGUUUAGGGUAUUCAGUGCAUUUGGAUCAAGAAAUACUCAAUCUUCUGGUGAGGAACAGCCAACAAAGACGAAGCAAAUCUUAAAACAGGCCAAUGACUUCGAGAUUGCUUUGAAAGGAAUGGAUUUUGUCUUGGACGAUAGAACGGAGGAAGGCUUGAACUUGCUGAAAGAAGCUGAAAAGGAAGCUGAUUCAGAUAAAACUAUUCUAACUUUAGCCAGGGGUGUCAUCGAAUUUCUUCAGGCCACUCUGAGUUUUGAAACUGAAGAAAUGAAAAAGGCAGCCAUUACUUUGGGCCAAGCUGAGCAAAUGUCCUGGAAAAGUAAACAAAAUGCCGAAAAGACUAAUUUUAAGAGUAGUUCUAUAUAUCCACCAGGUACGGUCUACGCGGUAACGUACACAGAGUCAUGUCUUCUACAUGCCUUGUUGAUGUUAUUCAGCGAAAGUAUGAUGGAAGCGGCCAAGGCUUUGCUGAAAUUGAGGAGAGCUUAUACAAUGUUACAAGAAAUCAUGAUCACUGUGAAAAGAGCUGAACGAUCGAAGAACUCGAGCUCUCCCUCUCCAAGUGAGAAUAGUGAGCAGUCAUGCGGAAGUUUCGUUUCAGCAGAGACAACCUUCACGUCUGUAGACAUUCCGUUUAAGCUAUCCCCCGAUGAUAAAUCAAACCCUCAGCUUUUAGAAUUUGCAGAAAAAAUUUACACCAUGAGAAUGGGAAGAUUAUCAGGUUCUCACAUCGGCAACACCCCAUCUUUCAAUAGAUUAAGAGAUGAUCUGGGUUUACAGACCACUCCAUUACAAGCUUCCGAUCACCAAUGUGCUCCAGAUGAUUUCGAUUUGGAACAAGCCACCAUUGAUGAGUUUAUCCAUUCGGGGGCUAAUUUAUGUUACGGUAUCUUACAAGUCGUCUUAUCCUUACUGCCACCAGCGAUUGGCGCUGUUUUAUCCAUUGUCGGAUUCAAGGGGUCCCGUGAGGAGGGUUUGAGGCUAGUCUGGAAAGCUACAAAAGAGAGAAACGUUCACGGUUGUAUUGGCCUAUUGGGACUAAUGUUUUAUUACGAUGGUCCUUUCCAAUUUACGGACGCUGAUUUCGACAUUCCAGCGGGCGAUAAUACAUCAAGAAUUCUAAACAAAAGUAAGACUAAUGAUAGUAGUACCUUACCAGAUUAUAUGGAUAGUUCAACUCUAUUACAUCCGGGGAAAAUUUUAGAGGAUUCUUUAUUAAGAGCGAGGGCACUGUUUCCCAAUAGUGCUUUAUGGUUGUUAAACGAGGCUAAAAUGCUUUCUGGUAAGGGUAGGCUUCGUGAAUCUCUUGCCCUAAUGGACUCUAUUGAUGUCAAUAGUAUCCGUAUGAGACAAGUGAAAUCGCUAAUGGUGUUUGAACGUGCUAUUCUUUUGGUUAACCUACACGAAUACAAUAGGGCCGCCGAAGAUUUAAUAGGCCUGCUUGAUAUUAGUGAUUGGUCCCAUGCGUUGUAUACUUAUUUCGCAGGUUGUUGUUAUUUGGAGAAUUGGAGAAUGACCCAAUUAGGAUUAUUAAAUGAUGGUAAGGAACAGUUUUAUAAAGAAAGAGCCAGAGAACUCAUAUUUGACGCACCAUCUCUGUUAGGAAAGAAGACCUUCAAAUCGAAAAACCUACCAUUGGAUAGAUUCAUGCUAAGAAAAGUUCAGCAAUUUAAUAAUAUGCAAAAGAAGCUGAACCUGAAAGAACCACUAGAUUCAAUAGCAACAUCUCCUGUCCAUGAACUAUCCUAUUUCUACAACGGUUACAAUAGGAUGACUGAGGAUGAUUUGAUUUUAACCAAAAAAAUGUUAACGGAGUAUCAUAAUCCUGCCAUCGACUCCGAAGAUCCUGAUCAAGAAUUGAUCAGGAACCUAUUACUAUCCCUGACUUUGAGGAGGUUGGGCGAUGCCGAAAAAGGCCUGGCCUUGUUAGACGAAAUUGUUUUGCCAAAAAUAUUUUACAUCCAAAACGGUAAAGUGAAAUAUUUCAAAAAAAAUGAAGACCCAUGGGCAUAUCCAGCUGCUCUUUACGAAAGAGCUUUAUUCUGCUGGAAACUGGGUGGUAUGGGAAGUUUAAAAGAAAGCAGAGAAUGGUUACUAAGGGCCCAAAAUUACGCUGCUGAUUAUGAAUUAAGUACACGUAUCGGUAUGAAGAUCAAAGCUGCCCUUGAUAGAGUUGAAAACGCACUUGCUUGA